AUGAAUGCGUCACCUGUUAUCGUCGGUGGCAUGAGGACACCCGCCAGACGAAGACAAAGCACAGGAUCUCAAUCGCACAAUGGCAAACCGAGAGGAAGUAACGGAGGAAGUACCAACAGCAUCGUUAAGUUUUAUGGAGAUGACUCACCAGGAUUUAAAUUAACCCCCCAAACGGUCCUUAUCUCAACGCUGAUCUUCAUGGCGACCGUAGUGAUACUGCACAUUAUUAGCAAAAUUUAA